AUAACCUUCCAAUAGACAGACAACAACUCAACACCAACAGUCUCUCUCAGUUCAACAGAACAUUCCAUUCCAUAUGUUCUCUUCCACCUAAAAAAUAAAAAAUUCAGCAGCCUUAUUGGUUCUCCUUUAAUUUCAAUUGAAUGCAGUGAUUGGAAGAGUAAAGUUUCUAUAUACAAUGGGCUCCAAUUCGAAUUCAAAUUCAAAUUCAACAGCAUCACCUAAUGGAAAGCGAAAUAGAGAUCCUGAAGAUGAGGUGUAUGUCGACAAUCUCCAUUCUCACAAGCGCUACUUAAGUGAGAUAAUGGCGUCUAGCUUGAAUGGAUUGACUGUUGGAGACACGCUUCCUGAUAAUCUUAUGGAUUCUCCGGCUCGGUCUGAUGGCUUAUUCUACACCAGGGAUGAAUUGUCCUUGCAAUAUUCACCAAUGUCAGAAGACUCGGACGACUCCAGAUUUUGCGAGACUGCCCCCAUAAAUGCUUGUACAUCCCAACCUGACAGUCUGCCCACCAGUCCAGUUUCUCCCUAUAGGUACCAAAGACCAUUUGGUGGAUUCCCUUCCUCACCUUCUACAAGCUCAUAUCCACCACAUGGCUGCACAGUGACUGGUGCCACUAGCUCACAGCCUCGUCAACGAGGUUCAGAUUCAGAAGGCCGGUUUCCUUCUUCACCCAGUGAUAUUUGCCACUCAGCUGACUUAAGGAGAGCUGCACUCAUGCGGUCUGUGCAGAUGAGGACACAACCUCCUGGAUCGUCAUCUUUUGAAUCGCCGUUUGGCUCGGGGCACGAGCCUGUCUCCAGUAUUGAAACUGAAGAGCGUCCAUGCUCGUAUUUAAAGUCAUUGGUUGAUGAGAGAGAUUAUCAGAUUGAGGAACGUUCUCCAAUGGGGGCUGCAGAACCUGAAUUUGAUGAUGGAAAAUCAUGCAGCGUGUUGAAUAUGAAUAUAGAAAGGGAUGACUCGGGGAGUUGAAUGCUUCUGGAAUCGGAUUAUGAAACCAAUUCUGACCAUAUCUAUUAAGAUUUUUGUAGCAUGCAGCAGUGAAACUUAUCUGUUUGCCUCAAAGAUUUGCCUGUUUCAUUGAAUUACUCAGGUUUGUGAGGCAUUUCGUUUCAAUUGAAGAAAGCAAUGCAUUGUACAACUGUACAGUCGUAACGUAAAUCGCCUUGUUAUUGGUGAUCUUGUAAAAGUGAUAUAUUUAUGUCUUGUUUAUCGACAUAUUAAAGAUUACAAAUGGAAGACAGAAAUUAAAAAUUGGCCUCAA